UUGAAUUACAGUAGUCAUUUUAUAUCUGGAAGAGCUGUUUGCGUAUAAAAAUGCUGAUUACAGCUGAUUGAUUGAAUUGACAGGGUGGUUUUUUUUUUUUUUGUUUUUUUUUAAUCACUUAAACUUUCUUUUGUGUUUGAUUUUAGGGUGUUUUUAAUUUUCUGCUUUGCAAGUAUGUCUUUGAAUAGAAGCUUUUGAAAUAUAGUUAGGUUGUUAUAUUGAUUUUUGAGGUUUGCCUUGAUUUAUUUUACAUGUGUAUGUCCUUAAAAUGCCUGACUACGUUAGGAAAUCAAAAAUUAUAUUAUACCUUGCCUUUGAAAUCUUACUCUCUAUUGAAGCAUGGUUAGGUUGUGUUUUCCUUUUGAGGUUUUCCUUGGGGUUACUUGAAUUUAGUAUGUCCUUGGGGUUUUCGUUUCUGGAUAUAAGUUUGUAAUUGUGACCCUUUUGUAAGCUAUUGUGUAUGCUAACAUUGUGUGCAUGAUUGUUUGCUAAACCAUGCAGGUGGCGGGUGAUCGUGCCGGCAACUCCAGAGGGAUCAUUCCCGCGAACGGAGGAUGGAAAGUCUCGCGCACGCCGAGCAGCACAAAGAGCUGCAGGCACUCCACACUAAAUUGGGACGAUGGACCACCACCUGACGUUGAUGCAACGAACUCUUUCUAUUCCACGAGCAGACACCCUUCGAGAGUGAGAUACUAGUGAAACGUCAGGGCAGCAUUCCUUCUUAGUUUUGAGUCGGCGGAACCAUUCUGUUUUGCUUCUUCUCCGCAGUCUUACUCGGCGGAGCCAUUUUUUUUUGCUUCUUCUUUUUUUAUUUUUUCUUCUCUGCCCACUUACGCUUAUUUCUUAGGCUCCAGGGCGCAGGGAACUGUAAUUGUGAAAAGGUUGGAGGAUCUGGCCAAAGAAGGUGAUAGCCUCGAUCGAUAUCGUCACUAGCGUCAAUAUCGUCACUAGCAUCAAUAAGAGAACCUUUAGGCUUGUUAUCCAGGAACUUAUUCAGAAAUACCGUAAUAAAAGGAACAUAGGAGUUUGUCGCUAGGUAUUUGCAAUUGAACUUCACGGCACGGCCAAAAGAAAGAGCUUCGCUCGGUAGGCCUUCCUUCGCUGACGAAUGCCUAGCGAAAAAUUGCCACCCAAACCGGUGCCUUUUUUAAUGUGGUGGAAGUAAACCUUUUUGCGGUUUCAUAAUCAGGUUGGGUUUAUGAAGCCCGAAUGAGUCAGCCUUGCGGGCAGAUCGUGCUGUUGUUAGCCCCUUUGUCCUGCUCAAGCGAGAGCCUAUUCUGACUUGCUUUCCAACACCGUCAUUGGAUUGGACUUUCCGGAUCCCUUUUCUUCGGGCCUUCCUUUCAGGGAUACCCAUUCAAAAAGCAGAAAAGCGAUGUCUGUUGUCGAACUUGCUACCGGGGAGGAUCGCCCUUUCACAUCCGCUCCUCUAAAACUACCUUUUGCCCAACAUGAUCACGAACGAAGACAGAAAAUAGCGUAGAUAGGAGGAGGAAACGAACCAACCCACUUGUCCUGAUCGGAACGAUUGAAGAAAGAAAGAGAAUGGUGGCCCCUUCCGUCCAGGGGACAUCGUCGGAGAACAAUGCCUGGGACAGGGGGAGAACCUUCCGUUGGUUGCGCCCUUUAAGUGCUGGUUCUUCUAUAUUUAGAUUCUGCUUUCAAGAUCUAUAUCUAUCCGCGUGAAGGAAAUGCUUUAACCAACGAUAGGCCGUAAGGAAGAGGAUCGGAGGACUUGAAGGUAAAGGCAGCAAGGUUUAGCGAAGCCAUCAACCUUCGCGACUUAUUUAGAUUUAGGGGCCGGAUUGAGCCAUUUAAUAGCUUCAUUUCGAACUAUAUCCGAUAGUUCGUAUCCCCCUUCAACCGGCUUCAAAACUAGCUAUUUUGCUGACGAUUUUAGCAGGAUGGGACUUUCAGGCCAAGUGCAGAUUCGUCGAAAUCGAAGGAUUGCCUCUUAUUUUCUAAGGUUGGCGAAUCAAACAGCCUCAAUCAAGGUCUCGGCACAAAAGUGCGAAAUACUAAUAUAUGGAUUCAUUUUUCUUAUUUUCUUUUUGUGGUUUGAAUUUCUGUCUGUUUUCGUUGCUGGGUUACUUGUUUCUGCUGUUCCCUGGAUGAUUAAGGUUUCAGUUGUGGUAAGUACAUCAGACUGUACUAAGACUUGGUUUUACGAAAGAAAAGAUGGCAUUAAAGAAGAUCAGAAAAUUGACUGAUCAUUUUUUGGGUUCGUGCAGGAGAAAAGCGAUCAGACCUAUGUAUCUUCUAAUGCGUGCAUUUUUUGAGAUUUUGAAGAGUAAGGUUGCCAGUGUUAAAGUCGAACCUGUAGUUAUAACUGGUGCAGGUGAUGCAUUUGUGGGGGUCUUUCCAACCAGUCUUCAGGAUUCUGUAUUUCGACUUCCAACUUUGCCGUCAAGACUUAGGGUUUCGUCUCACUUGAAUCGCCAACAACAGAUUAUUUCUCAUUCUCGUAUUUGGACGUCAGGUAAGAUGUGCUCUGAUAAGGUUUUUACAGGUUGUAGGAUGGAUCGUGUGGGUUCAAAACGACGUGCGGCUUCGCCUCUUGUUCCGGAGUAUAUCAACUUAGAUCGUGUGAAGCUUGCUCGCAUUGGCCCUUCUUGGGUUUUUGUCACUUCAUGUAAUGGUUAUCAAGUGUAGUUGUGUAUGUUGUUUUGUUUUUCGUUUAUAGAUCCUACUGUUAAAAAAUAAAUAAAUAAAUAAAUAAAUAAAUAAAAAAGAAAAGGUAACAACAACCAGCAGCAGCCCUUAGCUUGCAGCUUCCAUUAUUUCAGCUUCGUAAAAAAAUUUCACACCUCAUGGAACCAAAUAGUGGGUCUUAUACCCAACCGCCAUUUCUUUGCCAUAGAUAACCAAUUUAUGAGCUGAAACAUUCUGCUCACGAGGCACAUGAGAGACAAAAGCAACCUCAAAGCUAUUAAUUAGGGUCUUUUCUGAUUUACUGAACCGAACUGAUUGGAGUUGAACUGAAUAUUUUAUGAGAGUAGAUGAUUAGGAACUGAACUGAAAUAAACCGAUUGGAGCAUAUCUGAACUGAAAUUAAGUUGCAGAGAAUUGGCCCUUAGCCAGCAACAUCGCAGAUGGUCGUAAUUAGCUAGCUCAUGGUGCGGAUAUCCUCUGAUCCAGUGGUGAGGAGCAUGGUGCGAAGCGAGUUUGCAUUACUUUCAAUUUCAAUUUUCUUGAUUCCCAAUUCCUUUGCAAUUGUGAGUCUAUCAGAUCAUUGAUUGCAUAUAACUCUAUAGCAAGAGGGUUAGCAACAUUGUAUUUGCAAAAAAAACCAAAUAUACCAAGAGUCAUCAACCCUUCGAAUGACUCCUCCUCCCGUAGCAUUAUCAAUAUACCAAUAAUUUACCAUCUAGUUUAGAUACCCAUCUUUGAACCUCAAUUGACAAAUAUGUAGGCCCUUAUUAUCUAUAUGAUACUUCGUAAUAAAUUUGUUUAAUAUUUAUUUAUUUAAUCUCUAACAAAAAA